GUAGACUUGGGUCUCUGAUCAUAAGGGAGUUAUGUUAGUAAAUAAACAAAACAUCUGCAGAUAUUUCUCUUAGGGUUCUUUAUUAGUAGCGAUCGUAUUUACGUUCAGUAUCGCUUGAAAGUACGACUUUACUAUCUAACAACAGAACAAUGGAGAUUCUUGUGGCGAAUGUGGAUAAUAUUACGUUUGAUAUUGAAAAUCAACUCGAAGAACAGAUAGGAGCUCAGAUGCUUCCUUUCCCAGGAAUGGAUAAAUCUGUAGCUGCUGUAUGUACAUUCUAUCUCCGUGGAAGCUGCAACAAGAGUGUCAAUUGUCCUUUCCGCCAUGUGCGGGGAGAUCGUACAGUGGUUUGCAAACAUUGGCUUCGUGGUUUGUGCAAGAAGGGUGACCAAUGUGAAUUUCUUCAUGAAUACGACAUGUCUAAAAUGCCAGAGUGUUACUUUUAUUCCAGAUUUAAUGCCUGUCAUAAUAAGGAGUGCCCCUUCUUGCAUAUAAAUCCAGAUUUGAGAAUAAAAGAUUGUCCAUGGUAUGACAGAGGCUUUUGUCGCCAUGGCCCUCAGUGCAGGAAUCGCCACGUUCGCCGUGUUUUGUGUAUGAACUACUUUUCUGGAUUUUGCCCUGAUGGUCCAAAUUGCAAAUUCAUGCAUCCCAGAUUUGAGCUGCCCCAGGUUAUGGAAGAGAGAACUACUUCAGGAAAGAAUAGAGAGAUAACCUGUCACUACUGUGGAGAAGCUGGCCAUAAAGCUUCACACUGUCCAAAGUCAAAUCCUGAACUCAGAGAGCAAAAUGCUAUUAUUAGUCUUGCUUCUGGAGGUCCAAAAACACAAGGAGGCAAAGAAAAUGCUGGUCCUAUACCUCUGCCACAUCAUCUUAAUGAUAACAACAGAUUAGAAAACAUAGUUUGCUUUAAGUGUGGUCAACAAGGACAUUUUGCCAACAGAUGUACUAAAGGACAGUUUGCUUUCCUGAGUUCCACUAACUGAGUGUCAAAUAUUUUUAUAGAAAAUAUUUAUGCUUUUCUAUGGAGUGAAAGAGGAUGCUUGUGGAAAGUGAUUGUGUCUCAAAAUCUGUAAUAUAUGUUAUUAUAUUGUUUUGGUUUUUCCAUUAGAAUGGACCAAUAAAUUUUAAAAUCUU